AACAAAGAAAACUCUACAAAAUGGAGAAACACAAAUGCAAAGUAUGCUUAAAGAAGUUUGCAAAUGGCAGAGCUUUAGGUGGUCACAUGAGAUCCCACAUGCUUCCUCUGUACGUCAACCCAUCACCACCACUUUCUUCCCCAGAAAGCGAAACCGGGUCAUCAAAAAACCCAACAAGAAGACGAUCGAAACGGGCCAGAAAGCCCGAAACUUCAUGGUUCAAUGAAGUACAACAUUUUAAUCAGUCAGUUUCCAAUACUUCACCAGAAGAAGAUGUAGCAUUUUGUUUGAUGAUGUUAUCAAGAGACAAAUGGGCUGAUGAUGAGCCUGCAGAUCAACCCGAAUCAGAAUCUGAUCAUCAAGAAUUUACCAACUCCAACCGAAUUCGGGCCAGAAUGAAUUACGAAUGCGAAACAUGUAACAAGGUUUUUAAUUCAUAUCAAGCCCUUGGUGGACAUAGAGCAAAUCACAAAAAAUACAAAGUGGUUCAUAAAUUAGCACAAAAUGUUUCAUCAAAUAAAGAUAAAGUCCAUAUAUGUCCUGUUUGUUUUAAAGUGUUUAGUUCUGGGCAAGCACUUGGUGGUCAUAAAAGAACACAUGGCACCACAGUUGUAAAACAUAGAAAUAUGUUUAUUGAUCUUAAUUUACCUGCCCCAACUGACGAUGAUGAUGAUGAAGUUGAUCAAAUUGAAGUUUCUACUGUUUCAGAUGGUGAAUUUGUGAAAGCCCAUUAGUGAAAAAAGAUGAUAUAUUGAAGGUAAUAUUUUUUUAUUUUUUUAAGGAAAUACUAGUCAAA